AUGAUUCAGACUGGGAGAGACCUCAGAGUGCAGAACAAGCAAGGAUGGAUGCCAGUACACGAGGCUGCAGCACUGGGCCAACAAGAAUGCCUUAGGGUGAUACUGACAGUACAUUCUGAGCUGAUAGACACAUUUAACCAGAAGCAACAAACCCCUCUCUUGUUGGCUGUGGAGGCUGAUCAUGUGAGCUGUGUGGAAUGCCUUCUGGAAUGGGGGGCCAAUCCUAACAUUUGUAACAAGGAUGGGGAAACUCCCCUUUGUAAAGCUUGUGAGGUGGAGAACGGAGCGAUAGUGGAGCUCCUGCUUCAUUUUGGAGCUGAGGUGAACAGGAGCUGUAUCCAAGGGUGGACCGCCCUGCAUGAGGCUGUGUGUCGUAACCACAUUGAGAUCUGUGAAAUGUUGGUAAAAGCUGGAGCCAAACUUAGCACACCCAAUAGGUAUGGCAUCACACCCAUCUUUGUGGCAGCCCAAACUGGAAGCGCAGAGGCUGUAGGCUUCCUCAUAAAAAAUGGUGCAGACGUGAAUAGCCAGGCAAAAGAUGGGGCUACCACCCUGUAUGAAGCCUGUAAGAAUGGCCACAAGGAUGUUGCAGAGCUUCUUCUGAUGAAUAAAGCUAACGCCAACAGACCAACCAACAAUGGUCUUUUGCCUCUUCAUAUUGCUGCUCAGAAUGGAUACAAUGAGAUUGUGUCCCUACUGAUACAUGUUACUAGCAGGUCUAGGGUACAGAGAAGUGGCAUCAGCCCCCUUCAUCUGGCAGCUAAGAACAAUCAGGAUGAUACACUGGAACUCCUGAUCCAAGCUGGCUUUGAUGUCAAUGCCCUCCUGUCCCCAGAGCAUUCUUGUUUGUACCAAGACCGUCGAACCACAGCCCUGUACUUUGCCAUUGCCAGUGGUAAUGUGGCGGCUUCUGCAAUGCUCUUAGAGGCCGGUGCCAAUCCUAACUUGGAUACCUUCAGCCCUAUACUGGUGGCUGCCAGGCAGGGUUGUAUGGAGACUCUUAGAUUGCUGGUGGAGCACGGUGCUGAUGUGAAUGCUCUGAUCCCAAAUCUUCCUACUACUUUCCCGUCAAUUAUAAUGCUAUGCCUGAAGCACCCUCCCAUGUUGAAGUACCUGAUGGGCAAUGGCUGCAAUGCCAUGUCCUGCUUUCAGUGCAAGUAUGGCAGCAGACCACACCCACCACUGAAGCCCCGUUUCAAAGAGGAUCUGAGGCUAAGUGAAAAAGAACCAUGCUUGCAGUUCUGUGACAUAAUCUCCAGUCCCUCAGUGAGCCAUUGGGCAGGACCCAUCAUUGAUGUUUUGUUGGACUAUGUGGGGAAUGUGAAGCUAUGUGCCAGACUCACUGACCAUCUAGAUAGCUGUGAAGACUGGGCUGGUAUCAAAGAGAGAACAAAGAUCCCAUGUCCACUGAUGCAGCUCUGCAGAGUGAAGAUACACCAGCGUGUUGGGAGUCCGAGACUGAGGUGCAGUAACAUCCUUUCCCUACCAGGAAAACUGAUCAAGUAUUUGAACCAUGAUGAGUGA